AUGUCUUUCAACACGGGGGCGACUCCGGGAUUCUGGGGUCACGGUAGUAGCAGCAGUGACCAAGUUUACCACCAGGGGAAUCCGUUGGACUUUGACCCCAUCAAGGAUGAUACCGGCUACAGCGACAUCUGCGAACUAAACCAGGAAAACGUGAGACUACUCAACAGCCAACACCAGUUUGAAAACUCAAACCCCGUCAACAGCACCCUCUCGGGUUUCCAGCAGCCAUAUGAAUAUUCGUUGCAUCCACUACAAUUCCAAACACGAGAAGAAGCCCUGCACGGUAAAUCAGGCCUAGGUGAAUUCUACCAGGCAAGCCAGUUCCCAUUCCCACAUCCCGCCAACUUGAACUCGAACCUGAACUCGAACUCAAUCCAAAACAAAAAUCACAACCACAACCAAAUUGAAAAUGAAAAUGGACAACACAUUGGUGUGGAUUCGGGCUCUUCCGAGUCUUCGCCUCAAACAAGUCAUAACCAUAAUAUGCCCACACCCAGCACAUCUGAAGCUUCGGGAAAUUUUGAAACCGACAGCUACAAAUUGUUGGAAAAGCCAACCACCACCACCACCACCGCAAACAAGGGCAGGAAAAGCGCUUCGCUGCAGAAAUCAAAGAAACGAUUACUAGAUGAACAAGACGCUAUUUUGAUCGCUAGAGACGACUCAGAAUUGACCGACGAAGAAUUGCAAUUAAAGCGCAAGGCCCAGAAUAGAGCCGCGCAACGAGCAUUUCGAGAACGUAAAGAGACCAAAUUGAAGGAACUCGAAGCAAAACUCUUGCAAAGCGAAGGCGAAAGACAACGGUUGAUGGAAGAAUUAGACAACAUCAGCAAGCAAAACUUGAGCAUAACCACCGAAAAUGAAAUCUUGAAAACCUCGGAUAACUCAAACUUGAUGACAUUGUCCAACAGCAACAACCCCGUGACCAAAUUCGACUUUCCGCAAACGCAAGAUGCCUUCAUUGCCGAGAUAUUGCGAGGUAAUGAACACCAUUUGAAACCGGCCUAUAUCAAUAAAGUAUACGACGAUAGCCAGGGCAAGAAAUUGUUGGCGUUGGGUGCCGUCUGGGACUACUUGCAGAUCAAAGCCGAAGAAGCCAAUUUGGAUUCGAGCUCGAUAGAUUUCGUUCAAGUGAUGGAGAAGCUAAGAGGUAAUGAGAAAUGCCACGGCUAUGGCCCGGCCUAUACGUUGGAAUCGGUCGAUCAAGCCAUCCGCGAAAGCUUCCACUGA